AUGGCGGACGCCGGUGAGGUCCUGAUGGGGGCAUUCGGUCGAGAGCUAUUAUGCGCUGGGCAAACGCUGUUCCUCAUAUUCCUCAUGGCAGGCCAUCUUGUCACCUUCACGGUCGCGCUGAACUCUAUCAGUGGCCAUGCGACCUGUUCAAUGGUCUUUGGUGUUGUUGGGCUUGUGGUCUCGCUCAUUUGUUCUCUGCCGCGGACGAUGAAGAAUAUCUCGUGGCUUUCUAUACUUUCCUUUAUAAGUAUCUUAUCUGGUGUGUUCGUUACGAUGGUCAGUGUGGGUAUCACAAAACCUGGCACAGGCGCUGAAGCAACGACAAAAACCAACCUAUAUCAUGGAUUCUCGGCAGUCUCUAAUAUUGUAUUUUCUUACGCCGGGCAUAUCGGAUACUAUAGCUUCAUGGGUGAAUUGAAGAAUCCCCGUGACUUCCCCAAGGCUCUCUAUCUGCUCCAAGCUGCUGAGAUUGGCAUUUACCUCUUGGCAUCCCUCGUGAUCUACCGUUAUGCUGGUGCAGACGUCGCCUCGCCUGCUCUCGGAUCAGCCCCCUCAGUCGUUAGUAAAAUAGCCUAUGGGCUUGCGUUACCCGCUAUCUUAAUCUCAGGCGUCGUUGCAGGCCAUGUCGCCUCAAAGCUUAUCUACAUGCGUAUAUCCCAUGGUACAGACCGGAUGCACAAGCGAGACUUCCUUGCAAUUGGAUCAUGGAUUGGAGUCAUAUUGACACUUUGGGUCCUUGCAUGGAUAAUCGCCGAAGCCAUUCCUGGCUUUAAUAGUAUUCUUACUUUGAUCAGUGCGCUGUUUGCCAGCUGGUUCUCGUACGGGCUUCCUGGGUUCUGUUGGCUGCACAUGAAUGCGGGCGCAUACUUUGCCUCAGGGAAAAAGGUCUUGCUGACUUUGGUUAAUGUAUCUACCAUAUGUAUGGCUUUUUGUAUAUGUGGCCUGGGUGUUUAUGUUGCAGGGAAGGAUAUUCACACCAAUCAUUCUGGGGCUAGCUUUUCUUGUGCGAAUAACGCCUAG